AUGUGCGACAUCCACGAAGAGGCUUUGCUGCAGCACGAGAAGUCCAACAAGUUGAGAGAAGAAAUUAAAAACAUUCAAAACAAACAAAUCUAA